CCCCUCCCAUGUCCCUGUCCCCUCAUUGUCCCCCUGUCCCCACAGCGUCCACCUCCUUCCUGCUCUACAACCAGCACCACUCCGGCUGCGUGGUGGCCGCCGGCCAGUGGCUCUCCCUGGCCCCCUGCGUCCCCUCGUCCCCGUCCCAACUCUUCCAGUGGCUCCCCGGGGGCCUCCUGCGCCACGCCGCCACCGGCUCGUGCGCCGAGGCCGCCGCGGAAUCCGUGGGCGCGCUGGUGCGGCUGCGGCCGUGCCGGGAGGCGUCGCGGCUGCAGCGCUGGGCGUGCGGCCGCGGGGCUCUGCUGGCCCUGGCCGGCACCGCGCUGCACUUCAACUUCGGCCACGAGCGCCUCAAACGCGUCGUGCUCUACGACGGCGCCGGCAACUGGAGCCGCUGGCUGGCCCACGGCUCCGACCGCGACGUCUGCUCCAGGGCCUAUUUCCUGCCCUGCUCCCGGGGUUGGGUCUUUUCCCGCAAUUCCUGUUAUUUCUUCUCCAACUUCGCCGCUUCCUGGGAGAAUUCCAGAACUUUCUGCUGGGCCUUGGGCUCGCAGCUGCUCGAGGUCGACGACGCCGAGGAGAAGUUGGUGGCACCGGGGCGAGCCCAACGGGGGCAACCUGGAGAACUGCGCGGCCGUGGGGCCCGACGGGCUCUGGGCCGAUUAUCCCUGCGGGACCCCCCUGACCUGGGUGUGUGAGAGACCCCUCUGACCUAAAAUCCCGGGAAUUCACCCCAAAAUCCCGGGAAUCUGCCCUAAAAUCCUGAGAAUUGGGGAAAAAUAACAAUAAAUGUGUGUGUGUACUGGGAUUGAACUGGGAGUUGUGGGAUCAUCCCUGUGAGGGACCCACCUGACGCAAUCCUGGGAAUUUACCCCAAAAUCCCCAGAAUUCACCCCAAAAUCCCCAGAAUUCAC